CGUGCCAGUCCAACUCUCCCGGUAGCCGUCCAUUUACACCGAUUUCUGUGCUCCCCAUUUCACACCGAGAUCCGUGGUCUUUCCUUAAUCCCCUCUAUAAAUAGAAAAAUUCCUCCUGUAUAUUUUUGUAAUUCAUCGCCCCAUUUCGAAACCAUAAUUUUCUGAACCCGCUUUGAUCAAUUUUUUUUGCAAGGUCGUCAUGGCUGAAAAUGAUGUAAACAUGCAACAGCAACUGGAUAAAGAGGAGGAGGAGAGGAGGCUGAAGUACUUGCAGUUUGUGCAAGUGGCUGCAGUACAUGCUGUGUUGACGUUUACAAACCUCUAUAUUUAUGCUAAAGAGAAGACUGGACCGUUGAAGCCCGGUGUGGAGACUGUUGAGGGGACCGUUAAGAGUGUUGUUGGACCUGUUUAUGACAAGUUUCGUGAUGUUCCUAUUGAGGUUCUCAAGUUUGUUGAUCGCAAGGUGGAUGAAUCUGUCACUAAUAUGGACAACCAUGUGCCCCCACUCGUCAAACAGGUGUCAUCCCGAGCACUCUUGGCAGCUCAAAAUGCUCCAGUGGCAGCUCGAGCAGUGGCUUCUGAAGUUCAGCGUGCUGGUGUGAAAGAAACCGCUUCUGAAUUGGCAAAAUCUGUUUACUCCAAGUACGAGCCUACAGCCAAGGAGCUCUACUCCAAGUACGAACCGAAGGCAGAACAAGCUGCUGUCUCUGCCUGGCGCAAGCUCAAUCAGCUCCCACUCUUCCCUCAAGUGGCUCAGGUGGUUGUGCCAACUGCUGCCUUCUGUUCUGAGAAGUACAAUCAAACCAUAGUCAGCACUGCAGAGAAGGGAUACAAGGUAUCCUUGUAUUUGCCCCUGGUGCCUACCGAGAAGAUUGCUAAGGUAUUUAGCGAUCAAGUGCCUGAAUCAGCCCCAUUGGUUUCCAGCUAGACACAAGUCUGAUGUCUGAUGCUUUUACAAUUGGGAUAUUAAAUGUGAACGUUUUCUUUUUAUUUUUUUGAAACCAUCACUUCGUUGUAUCUGUAUAUGGAAAGGCAUGUCCAGACUUCAUGUUUGGGUAUUUUGUUUUAGUUUUGUUUUUUGGAUUCUAUUUCAAUCAUGGCAAUGGAUGAUUUAUCAUGUGAAUUCCUGGACUUGUCUUCCA